GCAAAGCUCAAUGCAAAUGCGCGUAUAAGGACCUAUAUCGCUCUCUUGCAAUUGGAUUUUAUAAAAAUGGGACUAUUUAAUGCCCUUAGAGAUUUCAGUUUACUGACAUGGCUAAGAGAAGAAAGACAAUCUCGGAGGUUGAUUCUCUUGAUCGUUUUUAUCGCUUUGCUGCUUGACAACAUGUUGUUGACGGUGGUCGUGCCUAUAAUUCCCAGCUACCUGUACACAGUGGAUGAGGAAGCCUCGCAGGCAGCCCCGAAUCACACCAUCUCCUCUAUUUCCCAAUCUGGCACCUUUCAGAGCAUCGUAUCUUUGUAUGAUAACUCUACACGUCUGACCGGCUUCAGUCCGCAGAUGAGCACGGUCGGCCUGUUGACCCCAGCUCCUGCCUCUGCACAUUCUCCUCAAAAUCAUUCUGACUGCCCGAAAGCAAACGACCAGCUCCUAAAUGAGAAUGUUAAAGUGGGUCUGUUGUUUGCCUCUAAAGCAACGGUACAACUCAUCACCAACCCCUUCAUAGGACCCCUCACCAACAGGAUAGGUUACCAGAUCCCAAUGUUUGUCGGUUUCUGCAUCAUGUUUGUUUCAACGCUCAUGUUUGCAUUUUCAUCAAGCUAUACGCUGAUGUUUUUGGCCAGAUCCCUGCAGGGUGUCGGUUCCUCCUGUUCUUCUGUAGCAGGUAUGGGGAUGCUGGCUAGUGUUUACACAGAUGAUGAGGAAAGAGGAAAGGCUAUAGGAAUUGCCCUGGGAGGUCUAGCCAUGGGAGUUUUGGUUGGCCCUCCAUUCGGCAGUGUAAUGUAUGAAUUUGUCGGAAAGACGGCCCCUUUUCUUAUACUGGCUGUACUUGCAGUGCUAGAUGGAGCUCUGCAACUAUUUGUGCUUCAGCCGUCGAAGGUUGAACCAGAGAGCCAGAAAGGAACUUCGCUGAUUGGCCUCAUGAAAGAUCCUUACAUUCUCAUUGCAGCAGGUUCCAUUUGUUUUGCUAACAUGGCCAUUGCUAUGCUGGAACCAGCUCUGCCCAUCUGGAUGAUGGAAACUAUGUGUCCAAGGAAAUGGCAGCUAGGAGUUGCAUUUGUGCCAGCCAGCAUCUCAUAUCUUAUAGGGACCAACAUCUUUGCCGUUAUGGCUAACAAAAUGGGGAGAUGGCUGUGCUCACUCAUUGGAAUGGUGCUGGUUGGUAUCAGCAUUCUCUGUGUGCCUUUCGCAAAAGACAUAUACGGACUGAUUGUGCCAAACUUUGGAGUCGGAUUUGCAAUUGGUAUGGUGGACUCCUCCAUGAUGCCCAUCAUGGGUUAUCUAGUGGAUUUAAGGCACGUGUCUGUGUAUGGUAGUGUGUAUGCCAUUGCUGAUGUUGCAUUCUGCAUGGGCUUUGCUUUAGGUCCAUCAGUAGGCGGGGCGAUCGCGAAGAGUAUUGGCUUCCCCUGGCUCAUGACCAUCAUUGGUGUGGUGGACAUCCUGUUCGCUCCACUUUGUUAUUUCCUGCGAAAUCCUCCCGCCAACGAGGAAAAGAUGGCCAUUUUGAUGGACUCCAACUGCUCAAUGAGGACGCGUUCCUAUUCCACCCAGGGCUCCAGCUACCAAAUGGGCGACGAUCUGGACCCAGAGAGCCCUGAAUAAGUCGCGUCACUACCCUCGAACAUGUACAGUAUGUCACCUAUUUUGUUGUAUGAAAGAGGUAAACAACAGACUUUGAAGAAAACCAUGAUGCCAAUAUGUAAGAAUAUCAGAUAUCUGUCCCAUGCUUGUCCUGUGGCUGUGAUGGUCAUGUUCUACUGAAGCAAACCAAAGCUGUUCUCAUUGAUGUUUGUUCUCAGUGUGAGAGAAGUUAAUCUAACCAACAGCCUUAUUAAUAUAGAAAGCACCUGCAUGUGAUUCCCGAGCAGGAUUUGAGAGAAAAACAAAGGGGGCAAACAAUAAAUGUACACUUUUAUUUUGUGUAACAAAAUUAAACUAUUAACAAAGAUCAUUUUAUUAAUUUAUAUACAAUGGUAGAAUCCAAUGUUUCACACGAUAUGACUUUGUGGACAGAUAUGUGUUGGAUAUUUAUUGUUUGUCUGUGAUGAUUGGGAAAAAUGUGGUCUUGAUGUAUCUAUCGGUCCUGUUGAAGUCUGUUUUCAUAGGAGUAAAUGUCAGGUGCAUUGAGAUAAAAACAUUACAACUCACCUUGAAAUGGGCCUUAAAAUGUUAUCAUUUGUAACAUCAAAUUUGAGGAUUUUUUUUAUAAUGUAUUGAUUGCUUCAAAUCCGCUCAAUUAUUUGACUGCAUUGAUGCUUUGGUUUCAAUUCAGGCUUUGUGAGAGCAGGCGUCAGAUGUUUUAUCUUUGAGUGCAGCACCUUAUCAUGCUCUAAAAAUGCAUCAUGGUUUCUUUUUUUCUGAAAGGCAUUAGAUAAUCAAGCAGAAUGUCAACACGUCUUACUGUCUUUGGAAACGUCAUAUUUGUGUGACUUGCGUGAUGUUGACAAAAAAUCAUUGUAAUGUACUUUCAACAAUGAGCCACGCCUAAUAUUGGUUACACAUGGUGACAAACUGUUUCAGUUUAAAGGAAAAUAAAUUAUUGCUGUAAAGCAUCCAGAUACUUUAGAUUAUAUUUUCAGUUUGAAGUGUAUAAAGUAUAUAUAUACAGUAUAUAUAUCUAUAUUUUAGUAGGUCAUGAAUCUGUUCAUUUGUAAGAAUAUUUCAAUAUGUCUAAUUUUACUAAUUGUUUGCUAUUUUUGCUUUAAGUCAAUAUUUUUAUUCAUCAUAAUUUACUUAAAAAUCCAAUUAAGGAUUUGGGCAGAUCAAUUAUAUGGUGUCAAUAGUCCUUUUAAUACUAAAUGCAUUCAAUGCCUUAAAAUCGAACCUUUUGUAAACAUCAUUAAAUGGCAAGUCUUAUCUAACUUUGUCCCCAAUUAUGGUAAAUAUAGCAAACAAAAUUUAAAUCUUGUAGUUUUUUGUUAAGUAUCAAGUGGGCAUAAAGUGCCAAACAGAUUGGCCUUAUAACUCCUCGCCGUUUAAUUUUUCCCGACUCAUACAGAUAAAAUAGAGAGGAAACAGAUCUUGAGCAUCGAUUAAUGUUUGUUUAUUUUCUGUGGAAAACUUGUUUAUUAUUGUCCACAGCAAAAAAAAGUUAUUUGAUACAGAGCUGCAAUACAUUUAUUGCAACAAUUUUGAUCAGAAGUGGCCUUUGAUAAAAAUCUUGUUAGUUCAACUUGAAGUAUCUGGACGACUGGAGCUUGUUUAUGUUAGAUACGAAGGAUGGAGCCCUGCUCUUAAUCCUAGAACUGCAAUUACGGACAGACCAAAUGCACAUGAGUCAGCAGAAAGAAUCGAACAGACCUGCAUUACAGCCUCAUUCUGCUUAAGAUCACAACCAAACCCUGUUUAUGGAGAUAUGAAACACCUAAACCUGUCAAGGUACAAAAUAAAUGUGUUACGGAUACUAACACCAAGUUUAAAAAAAUAGUUAUAAUGAUAAAGGUCUUGCUAAUGUUUGCCAAAUUAAUAAAUUGCACCAGUUUUCCUUUAACCCUGUAAUUAAAUUAUAACACUGUUCAUCAAGUAAUGAUUCAAUUAUUGGAGUGUUAUGUAUUUUUUUAUUUAUCAAAGCUUUGUGUGUUCCAAUGUCAAUGUGUGCCUUCAAACUGAUGUCUUUUGUUUGUGUUAAACUAGGUUAAUUGAUGGUUUUAUAUCCAGUGUUUCAUCUGGUGGUAAUGAGUGUGACUGCACCAGACAAUAAAUGUUUAAUCAGACGUAA